CUUUUCCACUAAAUAUAUUUGUUUUCUUUUCCAUAUUCACAAUCUCUUCACCUCAAAACCCUAAUCCUAAUCCUAAUCCUAAUCCUAAUCUCAAUCCCUUUCUACUUCUUCCCCUUCCCUUCUUCGAUUCAAUUUUCUCCAAAUUCUCAAUGGACAUUCCAAAAUCACAAUCGGUCUUCAACAUCGUCGCUUCAAGGGCGCUCAAUUCCUUUCAAGUUCGAAAACGACCUCACAUGGAUGGAUGGUUUCAUGGUUUUCAAGAAAUCGGAGCUGUAGCUUCACAGCACAAUUCUGAAGACAUUGUUCCCAUCGCUCUCUCAUUCGCUAAGACUACAAAAUAUUCGCAUAUUCUCGCCUUAUCAGAUGAGGAGGGGUAUGUAAGAUUGUUUAAUACUCGCCGCCAAUUCGCAGUUCCCGUGUCCUUCGAAAAAAAUGCUGAGGAAGCAACGAUUUCUGAGUGGAGUUCCCAUUAUAAUGCAGUUUUUGAUGUUUGUUGGAUAAAGGAUGAUACGCAGAUCCUCACGGCAUCUGGUGAUCAAACGGUGAAGAUAUGGGAUGUUCAAGAAAAAAAGUGUCUUGGAACGUUAGCCGGGCAUAACGGGAGUGUGAAAUCUAUUUGUUCUCAUCCAACUAAUUCUGAUAUUAUUGUCUCUGGUUCAAGAGAUGGAUGCUUUCGUAUUUGGGACUUAAGAUGUAACUCCAAGUCAAAAAAUAGACGUGGAGAAGUUACCAUAGGUUCAACAGCUGUUGUUGAAGGAGCACAUGUUUCAUCUCAAGCACAGCGAGUAAGGAGGGGCAAGGUCAAGACUGCUUCCAUGAGCAUUACAUCUGUUCUUUGGCUCAAGGAUCAAUUUUCCAUAGCCACUGCUGGGGCAGUGAAUAGUGUGUUGAAGUUUUGGGAUACCAGAAAUCUUAAAAGUAUUGUCACACAGGCAUGGCCUCAGCCUCAGUCAACAGGAAAGCAAAGAUUACAUGGUAUAUCUAGCUUGUCCCAAGAUGACAGUGGAGUUUUACUCUCAGCUUCCUGCAUGGAUAGCCGAGUUUAUCUAUAUAAUAUACUUCAAGUUGAAAAGGGACCUUUAAGAUAUUUUGAAGGAGGUCGCAUAGAUUCAUUUUUUGUAAAGGCUGCAAUAAGCCCCGAUGCGUCAAACAUAGUUUGUGGUUCUAGUAAUGGAAAAGCAUAUGUUUGGCAGGUUAACAAGCCCCAGGUGGAACCUACCAUUUUGAAGAGUCAUGAUGAGGAAGUUACUGCAGUUGACUGGUGCCGCUCGGAUAUUGGAAAAUUAGCAACUGCAUCUGAUGAUUUCACAGUCCGGUUAUGGAAAAAAUGCAGUUAUGUUAGCACAACAAAGUCUCCAUUUGCCAUCCGAAGAAGAGUUAUGGCCAUGCCUAGUACAGAGUGCAAAAUGCUAUUAAAUAAUGAAGAAGUUGGCCCCAAGUCAGGUGACUCUGGUUUAUCAUCCAAUGAAGCACCGCAAAACCCAGUUAAGUCAGCCACUCCAGUUACACCACAAAAAAUGACAUCUGAAGGCCAUAAGAACCAACUUUCAGCAGAACUUGAUCUAACUAUAUCUCCUCAAAAAACUCCAGAGUGUGCUUUGAAGAGCCCUUCAUCUGUAUUGAACCCGCCACCCUCCCUGAAAAGAACUAUCCGGGAUUACUUUGUUGCAUCUUCAUGAAUCUUUUAGUAAGAUUAGGCUAACUAAAUUCUGUUGAAAAGUAGUUGUAGAUAGUGAUCCUGUGAUAGAGGUGGUAUGUGUGGCUUGGAAUUUCUUCAACCUUGUUAUUGGGUUAUUUGAAAUGUAAAGUGCAUAAGGAUUGGUUUUUGCAAGGAUUGCUAAAGCUGUACAAUUUUUUUGCUUCUGCUGAUUUGCCAGAGACAAUUGGUGUGUGCUAUAAUGACGAGCAUACAAAUUCUACAUUCAUGUUUUGAGCUAAACAAUUAGGCUAAGUAGUGGUGCCGGCUCAUAAAUGAUGGUUGAUUUACAUUAUUGAACCAUGAAUGGAAUGCAUGACUAGGCAUAAGAUGCUUGGCAUGUACCUUGAACACCAUAAGUGAAUAACUCAUGCUUUGUAGGUGCAAUGUACAGAAAUGAAUGCACUAAAGUUUUGAUUGUCCAUGUUUGAAGUGAUUUGUUUUUAUA